AGUGAGUUUGGUUACAAAUCGAUCAAUAAUAUGAAGGUAAUGUUACCGCUUGUGUUGAUUUUGGUCAGUUUUACUUACGUGACCAUCGGAUUUGUAGUAGAUGGCGAUGCCAACGAUCCGGAACUUUUGCAUACCAUCAUACAGCUGCAGUCAACAGUGAUGGCCUUGAAGGAGGACGUUGGGAGGCUGAAGUCACAGAUAGACAACGAGUGCAACAGUUGUUCGCCCUUUGAAAACGUUCCAGCAUUUCUGGCAACUCUCGGUACAACGGUGACGGGAUGUAGCGACCGACCAGUCGUUUUUGACCAAAUUAGUUUGAACGAAGGCUCGCACUAUGACGCCACAUUCGGACAUUUCAUCGCCCCUAAGAACGGGACGUACCAAUUCAGUGUCACCAUCAGUUGUCCUCAACAUCAGACGUACCACGUUGUUCUCGUGAAAAACGAGCACACUAACGUGAUCGGCUAUGUGCACCUUACUUCCCAAGGCACAUGGACAGAAGAAUCAGUGACGAUUCUAGUUAAGCUUGUAUCCGGUGAUAAAGUCUGGUUGAACUGUCAACCCCUUCCGUCUGUUAGUUAUCUUCAAGGAGGCGGUUACCAUUCCCACUUUUCUGGUUAUUUCAUUGGACCAUAAUAUCUGAAAACUGAAAUGACAUAUCUACGUGUAAAUCUGAUUUGAGAUUUUAUAAGACUGGUAAUCCCAUCAUUUUUUAUAAACGUAUUUUGAUGCGUGUGUGAACAGUUUGUUGUGUUUGCACGUUUCUGUCUCGUGGUCGGUGUCGUUUGGGUCUUUCACUCGCGCUUCUUUAUGGUGGCAUUUAACUGUCGUAAGAUAAUCUGUUAAUGUUCGCGAAUCUUAUUUAGUCAACCAGUUAUUAUGUUACUUAUUGAGUGGAAUUCGCAAACCAUAACUAGAUAACCAGUUACUACUAGAGCUAAAUGAAUUUAAAGAUAAGUGUUGACACAAAACUUAAUUUUCUGGUCAACCAGUUAUUAUGAUAAUGAAACAGUAUAGGGUACAUUUGAAAUUUGUCAAAUCUCAUUUUUGUAUG